AUGCAAUUGUCUAUGCGGAUGAUGUUCACACCAAAGCACCAGAAACUGGUCAAUCAAUGUUAUCCUACGGGGAGGACUACUGAUAAGAAGCCUAAGUCAUCGGAGACUUCAUAUUUGCUAUAUUAUGUCAACUCGAGACGUAGCAAAUUGGAAAAGGUCAGCACUUACCUAAUUAAAAGAUCUACUUCUGAUUUGAACCAUCGCCGUAUAGGAAAUAUAGCUGUUACAUUGGAUUUGAUGAAUAAGAUUGUGCUGCAUUGCAGAGAAAACUUAAACGUAUUCGUUAAAGAUUUUUUGUAUAUUAUGAACAAAGUUCUCUCGAACAACAAUUUCAACAAUGAUGUAGCCGUCGUGGAAUUGGUAGAACUGGCAUUCAGUAGCAUAUGCCUGAAUUUGGAUGACGUCUUAUGUAACGGUGAUAUGGAAUUUAUUCAGUUAUAUCAAAGUUUUGUCGAUCUAUUCUUUAAAAUAGUCACUGAAAGAAUUCAUAAUGAUGAUAUGCUUUUAAAAUGCUGUAUUGAUAUAUCAAACACAAACAGCGUUUCAAGUAAUCCCCAAUUGAAUCAUUUUGUCUCCAAAUCCGUAACAUACACUAUUUCCAAAUUUCAAGAAAGAAAUCCAAAAUUUAAAACGCUGUCAUUAGGACCAGUUUUAGACGGUAAUUUAGGUAAUUUAGGUAAACGACUAAGUCGAACACAAACCCGCACCGUCGGAUUGGAUAAAACUGUUGACGACAACAAUGAUAUCUCUAUAAGGGCUUUACAAUCAUAUUUCAACACAACUGAGACAGAUAAAUUAAACCUAUCCAUACGUACUUUGUUACGUUGUCUGCAAAAUACGCCAAAUAAGGAACUGCUAGAAUUUAUAUGUAACGGCAUACCUGUUCAGCUGCGAUACAUCGUUAUUCUUCUUUUAGUCAGACAAUUAAGCGACAAGGAUAAAAAUGUGGAUCCGGUCGUUUCUUUGAAAUUGAUGUCAUCAUUGCUUGUCUCUGACGUUAGUAUAGUAGGCUUAAGUGUCCUUGAUAUAAUGAGAAAGCUUUUAAAUUUCCAAUUGAAGAACGUAGCCGAUAAAGAAGUUGUGGAACAAUCCUGUAUUACUAUGACAGACUUGAAUCACAAAACUUAUUACACUGAACAGACUUCAGAUAUGCUUUAUGAACUACUCUUAAAAUUGAAGAGUGAUACCACUAAAGACCUAGAGAGGAACGCAGUUGUGGAAGACGUUGAUUAUCUUGUUGAGCACAUUACACAACCAAGUAUUAGUUUGGAACUAUUCAUUGAUUUGGCGCAUUACAUGAGAAAUCAAAUUAUAAGUUUAUUUGCCAUUGUUGAAACCGAGGUUCCGACUGGAUUUGUCUUUUCAAAACUCUAUUCAUUAUUGCGUGAACUGGAUUCACAUGGUGUGCAAAAAGAAAUGAUGGAAGAAAUUUUUGAUAAGUAUGGAAAAGUGGCACUAUUAUCCGGUUUGCAUUAUUUCUUGGAGAACGUUUCUGAACCUGAAUACACCUACUAUUCGUAUCAUUUACAAGCUGCUGAAUUUUUAAAAUUGAAUGAUUACAAAUCGCAAACUGAAUACAAAAUGCAAACUAAGACACUAUUUACUAAGGAAGAUUUAUUGUCUUACUACUCCGAUAUGGGAUCGAACAAAUACACCAAUAGAGGCGCACAAAUUUUGAUGUCUCGUGACAACCAAAUUUCCACUUCUGAUUUACUAUCGGAUUUCCAAGUUCGCACUACAUCUCCAGAUUACAGGACUGUGCCUAAUGUCGUCUUACCAAACGGUAAUUCAAUGCCCAAUAAUAAAGAUGUUACAAUAAAGCAAAGCAGAUUCGAUAAAAGCAUAGAUGACAAAGUAGACGAAGGCAAUGAUACUGUUAUUUCUGAUGCUAAUGCAAAGGGUAGUAUCUACAGGUUUGUUGCUGAAGAUGCGAGAUCAUGGAAAACUAUGAGAGCCACUGCGCCAAAAAUUAGUGACUUGAAAAAAGCAAUUAAUGAAAGAAAAAAUCCAAAUGACAUGAAAAGAGAUGGAUCUGUUCGCUGUUCUCAAUCGGUGAAAUCUCGCGUUACUAAUAUUACGUUCUUGCUAAGUGAAUUAAAAAAUUUUUCAGAGGACGCAAACAAUGUUAAAGAUCCCGAUGAGGAAAAUAUUGUUGGCUUAGAUAAAAUUGAUGUGGCUAGAUCUAAUUCCCUGCGACUUGCACCAAUAUCGAGUAUUUCCGAUCGGAGUAGUAUUGGAAAUAGAAGGUCCUUGAUACAAAAGACGCCUGUCGUUGAGGAUCAAGACGACGACUUUAAAGACGCAAACGAAGAUUUACAUUCUUUAAGUUCUAGAGGUAAAAUAUUUUCCUCCACUUGA